GUGGGUCUAAUUUCCGCCUAUGGUCGUGUACUAGCUCAAGUUUUAAGGACUUCGCAAUGGUGCAAUUUAGAUUGAGGGCACUACUUAGCUGGACCCUGGCACGUCUUGUGCUUCACGAUUUUGCUCUGUUACAGCUGACGAACGCUUCGCACGAUAAAUUUGGGAAUAGCCGCAGUAGUACUAGACGCUCGAGGCGCUACGAUGCGGGCAGUGAGGAUCGAACCCAUAGAUCGAGUAGUAAGCCAAGACCACCCCCUGAAAGUUACCUGUCCACAAAAUGGAUACACUCAGUGAUUGCGGCGAACGAUUUAUCUUUGCGGGCUUCGGCCCCGCAACGACGAGGUGUUGUUUACGUGGCAGUGGGGUCGACCUCGCUUCAAAAAGCUUUCAAAUCAGCGCGCUCUGUGCGCCUCACAAAUAGCGCAAACGAGAUCGGUUCCCUACUCGUGACUGACUCCAACGGUAAGAUGCGAGCGACACGAUGGUCAUCGAACGUUUUCGACUGCGUGGUCGACGUCGGACGGAAAUCUGCACAGUUGCGCUUCGAUGAGAUGCACGAGUUCGAAGGAUUCCGGAAAAAAAAAUGCGAAGGAGCGCCAGGGGAGUGUGUCAAUACUGAGAUUCCUGAUGUGCUAGACAGCUGGCAUGAUGAACGUUUGAGCAAGUCUUCGAUGAUCCUCAAACGCCUCCGGAUCUUAAAGGUACGAACUUUCAUGCUCGGGCUUCAACUCUACCACACGAUCUUGUUUCUAGACACAGAUACUGUUGUCUGUGCACCGCUCGGCCGCAUGUUUGAGGCACUUGAUGCCCCGCGGAAGACUCCCGAUACCCAGCCCUCACAUGUUGCUUUUGUUCCUGUCCCAAAAGGCCACACGCAUGGCCACGAGGUCAUAUCUAAGAUCUUCGCCGUGCCCGCAGACUUUCCCGAGGCCAACACAGGCGUAAUCGUCGUGCGGAACUCGUCUGCUACAAAGCGGCUACUAGCGAACUGGAAUAUUGCAUAUCAUGUGCUUGCACGGCAUAGUUCACGUCUGAUGGACCAACCGGCCUUUAGGGUUUCGCUAUUUCGCUCAGCUGUCGGCUAUCGUGAGCUUCCUGCCUCUGCAAAUUGCCGUGGGCGGAACAGGCGUACCAAGCUUGCGAUUCCCUUGGUCUGCGAUGGUUUUCGAGAGCCAAGUGACAACUUAGCAGCUAAGUUUGGUGCCGGCCGUAAUUGUGUGAUCCUCCACUCCCAUGAACUCUCAAUUCAAACCGCUGAGGGACCAGCCGCCGGCAACUCUGUUAAGGAGCUCUUUGUCAAGGGUUUCCUCAAGGAGCAUCGCAGCAAGCAGCUGAAAGGAUCCAAAACCCAAUCUCUACACAUUGACACGCGGCGCGAAUGGGACCUGAAUAAGAAAUUAAAGAAAGUUCUUCGAGAGCCCGCGGCAAGAAUUGUAUCAGAGCACAAGUAUUGUCACGCCGUUGACUUCGAAGAUCAAUGCUGCACAGGACAGCGUGGAGCAGCGAAUCGAGAGUUGCGCAUUAACCCGCUUGAGACACGGCGUGGUCGCGAAGGAGCUGCCAAUGCAGCUGAUCUCCAAUUCAUCAUCGAGCAUCUCGAGGAAUGGUUUGCUGUCAUCGGUAUUACCGAGAGAUUUGAGGAGUCCAUGGCCCUCUUUUCCUUUGCCCUGACCGGAAAGCUGAUGCCGCAGCGCACUGCCGGUUCCGUCCACACUCAUAAUCAAAACACUUCCACAUCCUCGCUGGAUUUGUCGGUACUCAGACGCAUCAAUGAGGCGGUCAAGCUCGACAUUGAACUAUACCGCGCGGCGCUUUCCCUAUUUGAGAGACAGCUUGAUUCUUUGAGAUUACGUGACCUUCGUCGCACAUGACUGUGCAUGCGGACUGCGUUUGGCCAAAUGUGCGCUAGGCAUUUGGGCUCUACCGCCGACCUUUCGCCAGUGCGUACACGCCUCUGGCUGCCCAAUUUCCGAAGCGCCCGGGCUGUGGUUCCAGACUUUAGACUACAAUCGACAAAAUUAUUGUUGGAACUCUACUAUAUAGUACAAGGGCCAAAUUCAGCUCAGUAUUGUUUGAUGGCCUGUGCCUGCCGCCCUGCCUCAAAUGUAAACUUUGCUGUAAGCGUUUGUCGCUUACUCGUCCCUAUUGUUGCUCUCUUCACACUGCCCCGGUUCAGCCACUCCCGCCCGCGCCAUCAUCGUCACCGCCACGGAAGAGGACCCCACGUACGCACAUGACGUCACGCUCUUUCGGAGGUUCUUCUACACGUGUUCAACCGCACUUACAUGGCGAGAUAUUAAGUCAAGGGACACGGGAAUGCGUCCUUCGAAUUGACCACACAAGCAAAUCGUGCCCUUUGUAUCCUAGACUUCAUUUAGCUGAAUGAAGUUAGAACUUCUUUUGGGAUAUUGGUGGCCCUGAGCGGAUUGCCAACAUCGAAAUAAUUCUGACCUAACGAAUGGCUCGCAUCGUUCAUGAUACAUAUGUUGGGCAAUUCCAAUCACUAGGGCCCAUUUCCUGAGGUCUGCUACGGCCAUCUUCCAGGGGCUAUCUUGCGGGGCUAUCUAGAGAGGAUGUCUAAGCAGCCCAGGCUAUAUAUUUAAGUCUAAAUACGGGCGGUGCAACCCAACCAAAGAGCCGUACUGGAAGUCGUGGUGGAACGGCUCAAUCACACAUCAUGAUACCUCACCAAUCAAUGGAGAGCUCAAAUUUUAACGAGAUAGUAAACUCCGACACGAGGAGGCAGCCUAGUGGGGCUGCCCUGCCGUGUGAGGGUGAACUAUCGAGGUUACGCAGUGGCGGUACACCGGCGUCUCUGUUAUCCUCACGUCACCUCAGCUGCCGUAGUAUACAGGGGCCGGGGCUACUGGACGAACGGGCAGAGGAUCUGCCUCACUAUGUCCAGGAAGACUCUCCGUCUAUUACAAUGCGGGAUGCAACUAUAACAGGGUUAGAGAGUAUUAAGGAAGGGAAAGG